CUUCACCUUUAACUAUCGCCGGGAGUGGCCUCGCGCGCCUCGAGGGCGCGUCCUGACAGGCGCCGCACGCGCAGCCGCCGCGGGUCAGCUCAUAGGUAGGAUCCGGGACGAUGGGCGUGUAGCGCCGGAAGAGACACGCGCGCGUCAAGCAGGAGCUGCCAGCGCGCGCCGCCUUUGACUCUGUUUCGGGAUGAGUUCGCGGGUCAGACCCGGGUAUUCCCGGCAGGACGUCAACAAAACCUCGUGGGAAGUUCCGGACCGGUACCGGGACCUGAAGCAGGUGGGCUCGGGGGCGUACGGGACGGUGUGCUCGGCGACAGACUCCAGAACUGGAGCCAAAGUGGCCAUCAAGAAGCUCUACAGACCGUUCCAGUCGGAGAUCUUCGCCAAGCGGGCCUACAGGGAGCUGAGGCUCCUCAAACACAUGAAGCAUGAGAACGUGAUCGGCCUGCUGGACGUCUUCACCGCCGACCUCUCCCUGGACAGAUUCCUGGAUUUUUACCUGGUGAUGCCGUUCAUGGGGACGGACCUGGGGAAGCUGAUGAAGAUGCACAAGCUGUCGGAGGACAAGAUUCAGUAUUUGGUGUAUCAGAUGCUCAAAGGCUUGAAGUAUAUCCACUCUGCUGGCAUCAUUCACAGAGAUCUUAAACCAGGAAAUCUCGCCAUCAAUCAGGACUGUGAGCUGAAGAUCUUGGAUUUUGGAUUAGCGCGGCAGGCAGACAGCGAGAUGACGGGGUACGUGGUGACCCGCUGGUACCGAGCGCCGGAGGUCAUCCUGAGCUGGAUGCACUACACUCAGACCGUGGAUAUUUGGUCAGUGGGCUGCAUCAUGGCAGAAAUGCUUCAAGGAAAACCUCUUUUUAAAGGCAACGAUCACCUCGAUCAGCUGACUGAGAUCAUGAAGAUCACAGGAACACCAAGUCCGGAAUUUUUGUCCAAACUGGAAUCUGAAGAAGCUAAACGAUACCUCAAAAGUCUACCGAAACAGGAGAAGAAAGACCUUCAGAAGGUCUUUCCCACGUCUGAUGUACACGCUGUGUCUGUGAUCGAGCACAUGUUAUUGCUGGAUCCGGAAAAACGGGUUACGGCUGCCGAGGCUCUCACGCUGCCUUACUUCACCGAGUUCAAGGACUCGGAGGAGGAGAAGGAGGCGCAGCCGUACGAUCACUCGCUGGACAACGCAGAGCUCACGCUGGAACAGUGGAAACGCCACACCUUCACAGAGAUCUUGACCUUCAAGCCCAUUCUGCCAGACGCCAAAGAAACCUCUCUUUAGGAAACACUCCGGACUCUUUUGGAGAUCAAACUCCAGCAGGAAAACCUUCGGAUCGUGAACGUUCUUCAGACUUGAUGAGGAUCCUUUUAUAGCCCGUUUUACAUUUUUCAUGUUUCUGAAACGAUAAAAACUUUCAAAGUUUCGGUUUGAAUCGUUUAUAAAACUGGAGAGAGUUUAACGAGUUCUUCCUGAAUUAAACCUCUAAAUUUGAGCUCCAGAAACGACACGUAACCCAAACCUGCUGCAUAAAACGGGUCUGCGUCCUGGACGGAGGGACUUCCCAGAAUGCAUCGGCUGGAGUUUGUUUACAUGUGUCGGAGGAGUUCAGUCCUCGCUGAAAGUUUGAGCUGAAAGACAUCAUCCUUCUUUUCUUCCAUCACCAAUGAGAAGAUAAAGAAGAAAACCAAACUGUUUUAAUCUCUGCAAACUGUUUUCUUCUGCAAUAAUCUCAAAGUAUGACCGGAACUGCCCAAAAAACUAUAAAUCAACUAAAUAAAUCACUUUUUACAACCACAGUUGUGGUUGCAGUUCAUUCA